AUGUUAACAAUAAUCAAAGAGACCAGAGUACCACCAUUACCUUCCCGUACAAUACCACAAACAUACAAGAACCCAGGCAUCAAGAUGAAAAAAUCCCAAUCCCCAGAGCACCAUCGAGCUCGGGCAUUUGAUCCUUGCCUCUCCGACGGCACUCUAGUGACUCCCAAAGAUGUCCAAUACGAUAAAUACAGUGGCAUGUCCUACCUUGAAUACCCUGAAGCCGAUUUUUUGCAUCUCGGAUCCAGAGUUUACUCUCCAAGAGCAUUAGUGGUGGCAGUUGAUGGUGCUUGUCCUGGCAAUGGAAUCAUACUGGCUGAAGAAUCCUCCUUUGGUGUGUUUUUUGGUACAGACUCUCCUCUUAAUACUUAUGACACUAUUCCUCGACCGUCUGGAGAAAAACAUACGAACAUUCACUCAGAGUUAAUGGCCAUGCUUCAUGCACUCGAGCUCCUUGGACAUCAUAGCGUAUUACGACAAUGGAUCUCCGAACACCCCCUGUUAAUCCGCCAUUCGAUCAGACUGGACGUAAUCAUCAUUACGGAUUCCAAGUUCGUACAUGACUGUCUUACCUUGUGGAUUCCAAUCUGGCUGAAGAAAGGAUUCAGAACAGCAGAGAAAAAAACGGUGGGAAAUAAAGAUCUCGUUUUACGCAUCCAUCACAUGAUCGAGCUACUUUCAGAUGAUCUCGAUAUCCAAAUCUGGCACGUUAGGAGACAGCAUAAUCGAGAUGCGGAUGAACUAGCUGCUCGACCAUAUCAUACGCGACCUGCAUACCAGUCACAAUAUAUUGUCUCAUCAAGCCUGCGACACUUCAGAUCUGGGAUUACCCACCGUGCUCCUCGAAUAAUGCAUUUGGCGCAUAAGAUGGAGGUUUUUCUUCAUAAGAACUGUAUACGGAUGCAUUUGGGAGAGGUAAUCAUGUACAUGGUAAUGGCUGGAAACGACUGUGGAGCAAACUUCAGAAUUCUCUUUGGACCCGAAUACAGGAGUGAUACUUCGUACAUUAUGUAUCGAAAACUCAGUCGUGCAGUACUUUAUCUUUCUCUAGAUGAGCCUGGCCACUGUUCAUAUCCCGAUAGUGUCAUCUGGAGAGCUAGAAGUACGAACAGGUAUAAAGUUUCAGGCAAACAUCCUCGACCGAUUGACGAAUACGAGGCGAAAAAACUACAAAAAUGGUGUAUUGACAACCGAUUGUUCUCGGAUGGGAAACGUCUCACUUCGCUGUUGGAACUUAUAUACAGGACUGGAUUAAAAUUCGGUCUUGAUCAGCGGAUGUAA